UGGGACGGAAGCUUUCGAAUCACCGGAAAUGUGAUUCCUUGCAAUGUUGGUUGCUUCUCAGUGUUCGUGGUUUAUUUUGAUUCGCGAUGUGAAACUACGUUGCGAUAGUGCGUUUGCAGUGAAGAAACUGGACUUCAAGAAAAGCAACAACAGUGAAUUGAUUCAGGAUGAUAUGUGAUAACGGCAGCGCCAUCUGUGCUGGAGUGAAAGUUUGGAUUUGCUGGUAGUGCCUCCGCAUUGUUACAUGCAGCUGUUCGAUUUGAAUUUGUUCACCCGGAAGUUCUACAAUCUACGCCUUCGGGCGGCUCAAAACUGUGAUGUUCGUUCGUAUUUAGGCAGAUAGUGUUAAUUGCAUUUGUUUUAAAUUAAACCUGGCGUCGCAGAGGUGUUGGACGUUCACGUGUUGUAUAUGGGUAUCAUUAUGAUGUAGUCUCCCCGCCAGACUUGGCUAGUAGAUGUGUGAAACGAAGUAGGCGACCAGCAGAAGAGGGUACUGUUUGUUUAUCAUCCAUAACCGUAGCCGCCUAUGUCGAGUACCUACCGUCAGUAUGAAUCUACUUGAAGCGCAGGAGGCGUAGAAAACAGAAGAUACAGCGGAGAGAUCCACCCGCGUCGUGGAGAAGUGCACAUCUACACAUAUCUCUAUACAUGUAGACAGAGAGUACCACACGGUGUUGCCGGGGGCUGUUGACUCAAUAUUUAGACUUCGCACAAGUUAUCUAUAAGCCAGCACAGCGGCGGGGCAAAGUGUGUAGUAAACCGUGGAGUAUGAGGACGCAACGGUGCUCAUCAUCUCAGUGCUCUCCUCUACCAGUGCCCAUUAGUCAGUUGUGUAAAGUGUGUGAAACUCGUUGCAUCCGACGCGGGUUAUCCAGUCAGUGUAGGUUGUACUGAAGUGUGACAGUUUUCCGACCGAUGUUCAUCUUAUGCUUGGCCUGAUGCUUCAGGGGCCCCCGAGAAACCGACCUACGAUUUGCCAGGAAAUUAUAGAUGUGAUAAUACAGUGUAAUUUGUUUUAGUGCAAUUUUCUAAUUAAUGGCUGCCCAGCAAAAGCAGCGGGACGCCAUCUGGUGGGAGUGAAAGUGUCAAGUGUGCGAGUCAGCAGAAUUGCAAAUUUACGACACUGUUAAGGGGGAUUGCACAAGUGCCCAGUCUACGGCGGUUUUUCGUACGUGUCUAAUGAGAGUGAAAAACUGAAACGGCACAUCCACCGCAACAAUAACUACAAAACUGUGAAGAAACUCGCGCCAUUCAGUUUCCAUUUACUUUUUACGCGGGAUUACUUCUUUCGACGGCGCAUGAAGAAAGGAUCAACUGGUGGCCCUACCUUACGCAUUCAUCAACAUCCGGAUCAGUGUCACACGUUGUUACCAUCGCGCACCGUAACCUUCCAUUAGUCAGUCCAUUAGUCAGUCCGAGCACACAGCUGCAGUAACCAGCUUCCAGACCUAGCACAACGUAUGCAUUCACUGCACGAAUUUAGCACUCAGCCCGACAACAGCGACACCGACAGCAAAAGCAGCAACGACCGCGACCGCAUUCGCGUUUAUCGGCGUUGCACCGUUUAUCGGCGUCGUCGUAGUCAUCAUCGUCGUCGUUGUCGUCGAGGAGAAAUUGCAACUAAAAUAAGGCCAUCAACGGCCAAUCCCGGUGACUUGGAGCUAGCCGGAGAACCAGCAGCAGCAGCGCCACCAACGCUGAUAAUAGUGCUCUACCGUCGUGGUAGCAGUGACAACAGCAGCAGCAACAGCGUCGAUCACAGAAGGCGGCGGCGUCGUCGGCGACGACGGCGGUCGUUCACGUUUUGAAUCACGUCCGUCGCCUACUGACUGGGUGGGUGAUCGCGAUUCGCGGCAGCCAGCAGCGUCGUCGUUACGAUCGUCUGAAGAGCGGUCUUUUGGUCGUUGAAGCACUCCACGCCGCGCCGCCUCACGCGCGUUGUCACGCGAUGAAUGUUGAUGCGCUCGGAUGAGAUUUAUGUGCCAUUUGACAGUGAGCUCAAUGUGAGCGUAAUAGUCGGAAAUCAGUGUGUAAAUAUAAUCGGGAGUGAUUUAUGGUACAAACAAACCGUCACCGGAAGCGUUACGGUUGUUGUUGUUGUUAUUGUUGUUAGACGUUGUCAUCGACAGAGGAGCUUACGAUGAAAUCCAAAGUUCAAACUAGCAUAAGGCAGAGUACACCUUCGUUGGGUCGAUGGGGCCGCUCAACAGUGAGCUCCAGCCCAAUAUCUAUACCGGGUGGCGGCGGCGGAGGAGGAACAUCAAGCGGAGCCGGAACAAGCCCGGAAUACGGAAGUGGAAUGAGUCCGCCGCACAGUCCGAACUCUCCGCCUCCGAUACCGCCACGACCUGUGAUACGACAGUCCAGCUUUACCAAGAUCGGCUACAUGAUCAAUACGGCCGUCAACGGGACCAAGAAGCAGUUCAUCAGCAGUUCCGGCGGAGGCAGUGGCAAUGGCGAUACAUCCUGGUGCUUUUCACAGAUAAAGGGUGCCCUCGACGACGAUGUCACCGACGCGGACAUCAUCUCGUGUGUGGAGUUCAACCACGAUGGCGAGCUGCUGGCCACCGGCGACAAAGGCGGCCGAGUUGUUAUAUUCCAGAGAGAUCCUGCCUCGAAAUCUUCGAACCCGCGGCGCGGCGAAUACAACGUCUAUUCCACCUUCCAGUCACACGAGCCCGAGUUCGACUACCUAAAAUCACUAGAAAUAGAGGAAAAAAUCAACAAGAUCCGGUGGCUGAAGCGCAAGAACCAGUCGCACUUCCUCCUGUCGACCAACGACAAGACGAUAAAACUCUGGAAGGUCUCGGAACGGGACAAACGGGUCGAGGGCUACAACACGCGGGAGGACAAUGGCAGCAUACGUGAUCCGUCGUCGAUCAGCGCGCUGCGGGUGCCAUCGAUCAAGCCGAUGGAUCUGAUGGUGGAGGCGUCGCCCCGUCGGAUCUUCGCCAACGCUCACACCUACCACAUCAACUCGAUAUCGGUCAACUCGGACCAGGAGACGUACCUGUCGGCGGACGACCUGCGGCUCAACCUGUGGCACCUGGAGAUUACCGACCAGAGCUUCAACAUCGUCGACAUCAAGCCGGCCAACAUGGAGGAACUGACGGAGGUCAUCACGGCGGCCGAGUUCCAUCCGACCGAGUGCAACGUGUUCGUGUACUCGAGCAGUAAGGGUACAAUUAGGUUAUGUGAUAUGCGCUCGUCCGCGCUCUGCGACCGGCACGCAAAACUGUUCGAGGAACCGGAGGACGUGGACAUCACCAACAAGAGCUUUUUCCGCGAGAUUAUCAGCUCGAUCAGCGACGUGAAGCUGAGCAACACCGGCCGGUACAUGAUUUCCCGAGAUUAUCUGAGUAUUAAGGUGUGGGAUCUGCACAUGGAGACGAAGCCAAUCGAGACGUAUCCGGUGCAUGAAUACCUCCGCACGAAGCUGUGCUCACUGUACGAGAACGACUGCAUCUUCGACAAGUUCGAGUGCUGCUGGAACGGCAACGACAGUUCGAUCAUGACCGGCAGCUAUAACAACUUCUUCCGCGUGUUCGACCGCAACAGCAAGAAGGACGUCACGCUGGAGGCGUCCCGGGACAUCAUCAAGCCGAAGACGGUGCUCAAGCCGCGCAAGGUCUGUACCGGUGGCAAGCGGAAAAAGGACGAAAUCAGCGUCGACUGUUUGGACUUUAACAAGAAGAUCCUGCACACCGCUUGGCACCCGCUCGAGAACAUCAUCGCCGUCGCCGCUACCAAUAAUCUAUUUAUAUUUCAGGAUAAGUUUUAGCUAAUAGUAAGCGUAGUAGUAAUAAUCAAUUAUAAAUGUGUAGGCUGAAACAGAAAGAAACAAACAAGGUGAAACAGAUUAACAGACAUUGGUGAGCAAAACAAAACGCGGUGAUCGAGCGAUAGAUUGAGUGUCGUCGUCGUAAGGGUAUGCUGAAAGGCCGAAAGUGGUAAACAAAAAAGAAAAACACAUACACACAAACACAGAUUUAAGUAUUGAGAGCAAACAGAAAGAGGCACAGAGAGAAAUAUGAAUUCGAGAGAAAGGAAAUCGUAAUAAUAGCGUAACAUAGAAUCAUAUGGUAUAUUUCGAAUCUAGAAAUGAUACAAAUGAAAGGGGAAAGAAGAGGAAGGAGAGAUUAUGAAAUUAAACAAAAAAGAAACACAACAAACAAUGGGAAAGCUUUUUAUAAUAUACCAUACAAAGAUAGAGAGGAGAGAAUUAAACACCGAAACGGGCAGAAAAAAAAACUCACGCACUUAAAAACAGUCGCAUGCGGAACGAAGGCUGAAGGAACAAAAAAGACAAGAUCAGAAAACGGAGAGGAGAAAAAGCGAAUCGAUUGUGUGGUGUUUUCUGGGAGGAGCGAGGACAAUAUCCGAAAUGUACUGUUAAUUUGAAAAGUGCCGGGAGACUCUCGCUUUGAUGAGAGUCUUGUUGUAUGAAAUGAAAAAAGUCAUUUGUGACUGAUAAUUUCUUUUGGAAAUUGUUGUAAAUCAGGCCACAUUAGUUUUUGUGUAGUUAAACUCAGCAUAUUUUUUUUCGAACGGAAUCAAAUGAAUUCCUCAAAGUAACUCUAGAUACAUUUGAACGUAUGCUCAAUUAAACAUUCCGAAGAACUUAUUGCGGAAAUCCAUGUUGCUUUUGUGAAAAUUGUCAAGCUUUAAGACAAUACAACAGAUUAAAGGAAUUUGAUAUGUUACUGUACAGCUGUUAGAUAGAUUAAAAUAAAGGUUCACUGAUAAUAAUAUGAAUUUUUGAAGCACUUUUGUGUCGGAUCGAAAAAUCUGACGGACUUUGAAAGAAAGGCUUAGAAUUCAGUUACAUUUGAGCUGUUUGAUUCUUCGGAUAUACACAUUACAGCCAUUUUCGCUACUUUUUUGAAAAAGUGUUUUUUUUUUCACAAACGGUACAUCUUGGCGAAUAUGUUAGUCGCAUCUUCAGAAAAUGGCACACAGUCAAGAAAAUGCAGUUAUUAUCACAGAAUUAUCCUUAACAAAACAAAAAAAAAAGUAGCAAGCAGAAGCGAAAAGAAGAAAAAAAUAAAUAUAAUAAUUAAAAAAAUAAAUUUGCAGGAUAAGCGAAAACACACUCAGAAAAAUGAAAGAUGAGAAAACGAGUGCGGCAGUAAAACAAACAAAAUCGCAGCAGCAGCGCAUAUAAAUCGUGUAUGGAUGCUUGAAUGGAUGGAGACGAUCAGAAAAGUGUAUGUUCGCGCGGGAGGGAUGUGCAUGGAAACGUGUAUGUAAGGUAGUUAUAAAAAUGUUUAAAAAACAGAACAAUAUGAGAUAGUAAAAAAAGCAGUCCCUUACACCGCCACCGCCGCAGCAACACCAGCCGAAACUGAUUACGAUUAUUGUCAAUAUUAAUUGAUAGAGUUUAGACUUAACUUUGAAUCAUCUUUAUCAUCAUAAUCAUCAUCAUCAACGAUACACUCAAUAGAGCGAGAUAACAAGAAAAGCAUCCGCCACAAACACACACACAGCUGACGAAGGCUCCAGAGCCGUGCACUAGAAUAUUGCAAAAAAUUGCCAUCACUCCCCCUAAUCAAAAGCAGCAUCAUUCAUCGUCAGUUUUGUUUUAUUUUUAACGUUCAGUAGUCCUUAUCGGUGGACAUUAGAAGACGACUUUGUGCGCGCGCGCGUUGUAAUCAAAAAACGAAAACGGCAAAUCAAGAAACCCCACACAACAUAUAGGUACAGUUAAACUUACAAACAAACUUAAGCCCCGCGAUGGCCAGAAAGCCAUCGUUACUUGUUGCAUUCUUUAUAAUUACGAACAUAUAGAAUAUUGAUUGAUUGAAAGUAUUUUGCUUUAAUUGGCCGGGAGCGUCUUCACACACACUCCUCAGCCGACGGAUCCACUCAAAACAGAAACACAAACUCUUAAGAACAUAAAUUUCGUUUUUAAAUUUUAUUUUUUAAACAUAAAAUGGAAGUUCCAUUAGCCAGCAAGCAAACAAAAAAAAAAAAACUACAACCAA